GGAGCACACCCACAUCCGGCUCGAAACUAUCAAAAAUGGGAGAACAACAGCUCGAUUGUGCCCUCGACUUGAUGCGAAGACUUCCUCCACAACACUGCGACAAGAAUUUGACGGACCUCAUCGAUCUGUGCCCUCAUCUUGUUGAUGAUCUUCUCAGCACUAUCGAUCAACCGCUGAAAAUCGCCGCGGACCGUGAGACCGGCAAACAGUAUUUGCUUUGUGACUACAAUCGAGAUGGCGAUAGCUACAGAUCACCAUGGAGUAAUACCUAUGAUCCACCACUCGAGGAUGGACAAUUGCCAUCGGAAAAGCGCAGAAAAAUGGAAAUCGAGGCAAAUGCCGCUUUUGAGUCAUACCGUGAUUUAUACUUCGAGGGAGGCGUCUCAUCAGUUUACUUCUGGGACUUGGAUAAUGGAGGUUUCGCCGGAAUUGUGCUCAUCAAGAAAGAGGGAGACGGAGCCAAAAAUAUAACAGGAUGUUGGGAUUCUAUUCACGUUAUUGAGAUCACGGAAAGAGCACGCCAGGCUCACUACAAGCUCACCUCCACUAUCAUGCUGUGGCUGCAGACAAACAAAAGCUCCAGCGGUGUGAUGAACCUCGGUGGCUCCCUUACAAGACAGCAUGAGAUGGAUGCACCAAUCAACGAUCAGAACACACACUUGGCUAAUAUGGGACGAAUGAUUGAGGAUCAGGAGUCGAAAAUGCGUCUGACGAUCAAUGAGAUAUACUUUGGAAAGACGAAGAAGGUGAUGUCGGAUCUCCGUUCAACAGAGAAGCAGAGUGAGCUCGAGAAGCAAGAUGAGAUCGUUCGCGAGUUGAACAACGCCAUGGCUAACCGCGGAAACUGAGUGAUCUAUCUACAUUUGCAGCUCAAAAUCUCUCAUUUUAAUGCUUUAUUUGCGAGUUUUGUAUAUUUAUCUACCAUAAUACCAGCUUGUUUCUUCUUUUAAAACCUUUUUUCAUUGCCUUUUCUCGAGUGUAAACUUUUUUUCUAGAAUUAUUAAAAUCUCUUUUCCCACAAUUUCUCCUCGCUCCAAAGUGUAUGUGCUAUGGCUUUUCCACAAUUUAUUACCAAAAUGCCUUGAUGUUCCUUCCGAGAAGAGCUUGAGCUUUUCCUGGACCAUUUUCGUUCUAGGUGCUCGUUCGACUGUUUUGUAUUUUGCAAUGUAAAUUAUCCUCUUUAAGAUUACUUUUCAUUUCAAUUAUAUUUUCGAUGAAAGUAUUUUAUUCCUUAAAUUUAAAAAAAAAGAGAGGGUCUUC